GUAAGGUUGAUGGUGAAAGCUUGUUGAGUUCUGUUUUGUGUUUCUUUUCUUUCACACAAAAAAAGGGAAAGAUAAACCUCAUUUAUCUUCGUUAAGGAGCCCAUUUGUCUCCAUUUGGAAGACCGGGCCUGAUUUUUAAAACAGCCAUAAAGCACCAGCUUCAGGAACAGACCACAAGUAUCAGAAUUAAGUUAUAGACACCAGCUCUAGGAACAGAUCUUAAAAUCCAGAACAAAUUCAUAACCCCGCACCCACAGAGACCAGCCCAGGGAUAAUCACAAAACAAGGGGUGCUAUCCUAUCUCAGAAUGGGCCAUCUUGGCCCUGCUGCUGCUGGCUGCUGUGCCCAGACACCACCAUGGACCAGUGCCCCAUACCUACCUUGCUGGAACAUGGCAACUUCUCUCAGGUCCUGUUUAACAAUGUGGAGAAGUUCUAUGUUCCUGGAGGAGAUGUCAUGUGCUAUUACACCCUCACUGAAAAGUUCAUCCCUCAUCCCAAGGCCUGGAUUGGCAUCUUUAAAGUAGGGUGCAAGACCACCCAGGAGUAUUAUACCUUCAUGUGGGCUCCCUUGCCCAAACAAGACCUAAACAAGGAAUCAGCCACGCAGCAGGAAAUCAAAGCGUGUUUCCUUCCCAAGGAUGAGGAGCGCUACCAGUUCUGCUAUGUGGAUAAGGAUGGUUUGUUCCGGGGAACAAGUGUCCCUUUCCAGUUCUGUCCAGACCCUGGUGAGGACAUAAUGGUUGUUAUCAUUAAGGAAAGAGUAGAAGAGAUGGAACAGCUCAGUGAGGAGCUUUACCCAGGAAACCAGGAACUGAAAGGCAAGUAUGCUGACCUUGAGCAGCUUCAGAGGAAGCAGGUGGUACUGGAAGCAACGGAGAGGAUGAACGAGACCGUAGAACAGGAAGUGGAAGAGAAGGGCUCUUGGGAGAGUGAGCUGCUCCGGCUGAAAGAAUACAGCCAGAAGAUAAUCUCGGAAAAGAAGGGCUUGGGGAUCAGAGUAGAAGAGCUCCAGACCCAGGUGGCAACUCAAGAAAAAGAAAUGGAGGACCUAAAGAAAAGACAGCGGUUGGAACAGCUCAAGAAAGAAAACAGCCAGCGCACCCUCAUCUUAACCGAAUGGAAGAAGCACUGGAAGAUGCUGGAAAAAAAAACAGUGGAAAUGUUGAAGGAGAAGGAAGCUGCAGCAUGGAAGCAGCAGCAGGAGCUAAAGAAUGAGAACUGUAUCCUGUUGGAACAGCACAGCAACUGCAAGAUUUUGCAGGAGAGACUAAAAGACCAAAUCUCUGAGAGCUGCUGA